CGCGGAACUCGCUGGCAUCCUGUCAAGGCUGACUCGCAUCUCGAUUCCUGGUUGAAAUUCCUCCUCACUAAAGAGGACAGAUGCAUCUCAAAGACCAGUGGGUGCAUUGGUGGUGUGUCUGAUUCAGUAUAAACCACUUUAUGCAGUGUUUUAAGCUUGGCACCAGACUGGAUAACAAGAGAUGAGACAUUGCAAUCAUAGACCACAUCAUGAGCAUCCAGAAUCUGGGAGGAGCUUUAGGGGACUCCCUUGGCUCUAGCCUGACAGUGCGUAUGAGCGGGGCAGGUGGCGGGUGGAGUGCUCUCUCCCUAAAACCUGUGUCCUCGGCACGGAUCAGCUCAUUUUUCCAAACCAUGGUUCCUACUGGUUAUACCAAACUACAGGAGGAGCGGUUGGCCAUGGUGGACCUUGGAGCUAAACCUGAGGGUGGCUCACUACAGAAUGGCUACAGACCGGAGACAUCUCACACAGAAGGGAGACGGAUCCUUGACAGGGCUUCUCGAAACUCUGUAACUUUAUCUGAUUGUGGAGAUGGAGGCUACUCUGAGACGGAGCCCAUGCUACCUGAGAGGAGACUCUCAGGUGAGGAGGCAGAUGCGGAGGAGGAAGAAGAUCAGGAGCAAAGGCCGAGAGCAGUUGUGUCAAAUUUGCCCAAGGAGUCCCCACUUGCUAUGACAUUGCAGAUUUUGGUGCCUUUCCUUCUUGCUGGAUUUGGAACAGUAUCAGCUGGAAUGGUGCUGGAUAUUGUGCAGCAUUGGGAGGCAUUCCAGUACAUCACUGAGAUCUUCAUCCUGGUCCCUGCUCUGCUCGGCCUGAAGGGAAACCUGGAAAUGACUCUGGCCUCAAGGCUGUCCACAGCAGUAAAUGUGGGUAAGAUGGACUCGCCCAUAGAGAAGUGGAAUCUCAUCAUAGGCAACUUGGCACUGAAGCAGGUUCAGGCGACUGUGGUGGGUUUUCUGGCAGCUGUAGCAGCGGUGGUUCUUGGUUGGAUCCCAGAAGGAAAGUUUCAGAUGAGCCAUGCUGUUUUGCUCUGCUCAAGCAGCGUGGCCACAGCCUUUAUAGCCUCCCUGCUGCAGGGUAUAAUCAUGGUGGGGGUAAUUGUGGGUUCCAAGAAGACGGGCAUCAACCCAGACAACGUAGCCACACCAAUCGCAGCCAGUUUUGGUGACCUCAUAACCCUGGCAAUCCUGGCCUGGAUAAGCCAGGGCCUCUACAAGUGUCUGGACUCCUAUCCAUAUGUGUCAUCGUUGGUUUGCGCCUUCUUCAUGUGUUUGACUCCUCUGUGGAUCGUCAUCUCCUCCAAGCACCCCGCCAGCCGAACCCUGCUCUACUCCGGAUGGGAGCCAGUCAUCACUGCCAUGGUCAUCAGCAGCAUCGGAGGACUCAUCCUGGACAAAACGGUCUCCGACCCGAAUCUGGCUGGCAUUGUAGUGUACACCCCAGUUAUCAACGGUAUUGGUGGAAAUUUAGUGGCCAUUCAGUCCAGCAGGAUAUCCACCCAUCUGCAUUUACACUGUGCUCCUGGAGAAGUUCCUGAGGAGGUCAAGGGAUGCUACUACCCCUGUCGUACAUUCUGCGGCACUGGGGCAAAUCAUCGAUCUGCUCAGGUGCUCCUAAUUUUAGUCAUCCCUGGUCAACUGAUCUUCCUCUAUACCAUACACCUGAUGAAGAGCGGCCACACCACCCUGACACCUAUCUUCAUGUCUGUCUACAUAGCUGCUGCUCUGCUGCAGGUGCUGCUGCUGUUGUGUAUAGCAGACUGGAUGGUUCACUCGAUGUGGCGGAGCGGCAAAGACCCCGACAGUUUUUCAAUCCCUUACCUGACUGCUCUGGGCGACCUGUUAGGAACUGCCUUGCUGGCACUCAGCUUCCACUUCCUGUGGCUCAUAGGAGACCAGGACAGCGACGUGGGUGACUAAAAUAGACCUUUAACAAUAUGGCCGCCUGGCAUAUAACCUCUCACGCCCUCAGGCUUUGUGGGAAUGUGUGUUCUCUCUCUGUCACAUUCCUCAGCUUCACAUAUUGGAUGAAACCUAAACCACAGGCUGGUUUGGACACUAUUUUCUGCUCAUGCCUCUUUCUUUUGUUCCUACACACAGAAGACAUUCUUUAACUUUCGACUGUUUUUUAGUAGCAGUUCUGACCUGCAUCAUUUGCACUAAAGGUCUUGGAUGUUAUAUUUACCAGAGCAGGAAAAACCAGAAACUUCCUACAAUGAUCAAGAAGCCCUGCUGCUGUUAGCAGGGCGGUUCGAUCUGCUAACCAAUCAUCCUGCAUCAUGAACGUCUUAUGUAAGAACUUUAUGAAGAAUAUAUUUGGGGAUUUACCACCCACUAUGUCACAAAAUACCUGCCUUCCUGCUUAGUGUAGCUUUGAAGAAAUGGAGGACAAGAAAAGCCAGUUUUAUUUAGUUUCAGAUUUCAGUUUGAAGGAGGCCCACAAUCAGAGCCUAAAGGGAAUAAUGUGUGUUUUUUUUUUUUUUUGUCUCAUAUUGUGAGUUGUUAUUUUCAUAUUGUGAAUUUACACUUUUCAGUCUUUUCCAGGCUGCAAAUCUGAGUGUGUGUGUGUGUUUUUACAAGAGUAAUAAUAUAUGUAAGCGAGGCCUUGCUGAUUUUGUGACUCAGGAGCAGCAAAUCUCAUCACAUCUAUCUGCGUCUUAAUUUGAGUUAUGAGUUUAUGGUAAGACUGAGAUUGGAAGUUGGAACGCGAAAAAAAACAAACCAGGUUCACCCUGUUAAAAUAAUACCUUCAUGGUCUCACUGCUAACCUAACAGUAGCCUUUUUGGCUUUUUUCCCCUCUUAGGAUUGAAUCCAAAAAGGCAAAUUUAUUAAACAUUUACAGAUGUUUACAGGCUGUUGUUAAAACAGCUGGAGCCAACCUCAGUGACAUUGUUUUAAAGGCUUAAAAUGAUUAUAUUUCACCACAAUGGACUUGAUGAAAAGAUAAAGUUGAUGCUUCAAAACAGGAGGUGGCAGUGACAGCUGUUAUAUCAUUUUAAAUGAUUUUCCGCCCCAUUUUAUUAGCAUUAGCAUUAUCCUUAUACCAUUACUCUUUUAGCCAAUUUGAUCACAAAUGGUAUUAAAUUAGCCAAACAUGACGCAUUCUUUUGGUUAAAGUUGGGAAAAAAUGAGGCGAUUAUAUUUUUAUUUAACAAAUAGCAUCGCUGUUAAUGUCUUUGCUUCACUUUUACCUCAUUCUUCUUGCAUUAUAACCUGUAUGUAGCUCCCAAAGGAAGCUUUCUCAACCAGUAAAAAAAAAAACAGGUAAUAAAAACUUUUUUUGUCUUUCAUUGUCUGAAACCAGAGAGGUGUUUUAUGAAAUAACAAAAAGCUUAACAUGAAGUCAGUUUACCAAACUGAAGAACACGUGUUUAUGUGCGUCUUUGCAGACCUUUUUCCUCUCCUGUUUACUCUGGAAAAGUAAGCUUUGACACUCAGCCAUAAACUCUUUUGUAUAUUUUGCAAAACCCCUGCAUCCCACCUCCCCUCGUCCAUUUCCUGUGUUUGCGCAUCCCGUGUCUAAAUGGGUUGAGUUUACACAGACCUUUCACAUUCCAUGGCUGGAUGUUUGCACACCAGUCACAUACUGUUUACAUGUAUGCACUGUCUGCAUGCAAGUAAACAAUGUAUAAGCCAGGGCUACUCGGUUUGUUCUGACGAGGCCUGCAAUGUAUCCCUGCUCCAACACGCCUGAGCAGGGAUACAUUGAAAACCUGCAGUGGUGCGGCCCUCGUAGGACCAAACUGAGUAGCCCUGGUGUAAGUUUUUAGCAUUUAAUACCACGUUUCUGCUUAACUUUAUUCACUUUGUAUAAAUAAGUUGCAUUUAAAGGGGUGAAGAACACAAAUUGAAGUCUGGUGUCUCACAUGUACGACUUGAUUAGUUAAAUCAGCAUUUUAGCAUGAUGUAUGUAUGUGUCUGUCUGAAUGUAGCCAGUGGUUCUCUUCAACUUCAGUGCCUCUUGAGAUUCACUGUUUCUCACUGUAAUGCCAUUCAUGUAAUUUUCUUUCCAUUUUAUUGUGAUACUGUGCAAUGACUUUCUUUUUCUACUUCUACAAAUUUCCGUUUUUUUUUUUUUUCUGUUUCUUUACUAAAUGACAUAUUCUAUAUUUUAAUUGCUGGCAGGUAUAUAACAAGUAGGAUCUUCUGGGAUGACAUCAUGAACUUAUAUUUGCAAUUUGGAAUGAGAUAUUUUAUUUGCUUUUCUGGCUCAUUUGGGCCAAAAAAGUGUCUCAAUAAAUGUUAUUGAUUUGAAAAUG